AUGUCUGAAGAAAUUAAUGCUACUGCCGAGACUAAAACGACAACAGCCGAUACUAACAAGAAUCAGUUAAACACUUCACCUAAGAAAGAAGAAGCCUGGGGCUACGAUUUGUAUCCAGAGAGGCGCGGUACAUUUACUGCGACGCUGGGUAAUAUUCUUAUUGGUAAAGAAGGAAAAGAAAACAUUGAUAAAUUCAAAUGUGAACAGAAUGUGUAUGAAUGUUUUAAAAACAGUGCUAUUGUAAAGGUUAUGUUAGCAGCUUUGAAGAGCUCUGGGUGUCCGAUUGACAUUCGAAGACAUAUCUCAUGUGAAGUAUGUGAUUAUUCUGUGAGUGGUGGCUAUGAUCCAGAAUUAAAUCAGAUAGUGGUGUGUCAAAAUGUGUCAACUCGUCAAGGGAUGGUCCAAGGUGUAUUAGCUCAUGAGAUGAUCCACAUGUUUGACUAUUGUCGUAAUCAGUUGGACUUUAGAAACAUGGAACAUCUAGCUUGCACAGAGAUCAGGGCUGCAAACCUUACCCAUUGUUCCUUUACAAGUGCAUGGUCACAGGGUGAUGCUUCUUGGACUAAAAUCAAAAUGGCUCAUCAGGACUGUGUGAAAACCAAAGCAUUAUAUUCUGUCAUGGCUGUGAGACAGAUCAGUGAGAAAGAAGCGAUAGACGUGAUAGAAAAAGUGUUUCCAAAGUGUUAUGCAGAUCUCGAACCUAUUGGAAGGCGAAUAAGACGAAAUUCCGAAGAUAUGACGAGAGCGUUCAAAGAAGCCAAAUAUUAUGGGUAUGAGUAG